AUGUCACAUUCGACGGAUGUGAGCAAACAUGGCCGAGCCCCCUCGCAAGGUUGGGAUUCUGGCUCUGGCGUAUCGCCCACGGCGACACCAGGUUCCCAGGAAGCUCAGUCUCAGACAUCCGAAACCAACUUAGCUGAAGUCGCGGCGCCGCCUCCUGUCUACGACUCAACCGAGAAACCAGUACAACGCCAUGAAUAUUUCGAAAACCGACCCACCGACCGCGACCGCGACUCCCAAUCACAGCUCCCGGUAGGGAAAAACGAGCCGAGCCAGGCCGAUGAUACUGAGCCCCGGGCAUCAGGUGCCAGCCUAGCACGCAAAACCGAGAAGUCGGCAGGUGCGCGGCUCAUUUCCAAGAUAACAAGGAUUACGUACAUCGUGUCCUACCUCAUCCUUUUCUCAUUCCUCGGCACACUCCUCCGAAUGACAAUUGAAUGCCUGACGUUUUACCCCGGAUCUCCCGUGAAUACUAGCGUUCUCUGGGCCAAUGUUGGAGGCAGCUUGGUCAUGGGUUUCUUGAGCGAGGACCAGGAACUAUUUCGAUUCGAAGAAAUAGAGGCCAAACUUCCUGAUUCGGAGAGAGAGGACGGCACACGAGUGGCGGCACAUUUAAGAGCGCACAAAAAAACCAUCCCACUCUACAUCGGGUUGACAACGGGGUUCUGCGGAAGUCUAACGUCGUUUUCCACUUUUACUCGAGACGUGUUUCUGGCGCUAGCUAACGAUCUCCCCGUACCCAUUGGCCAAUACUCCAAUAUUUCCUUGUUUGCUUCGAUCCCCGACGGAGCUCACGCUCCCAAUGGAGGAUUCAGUUUUAUGGCCCUCGUUGCUGUGCUGUUCACUGAGAUCGGUCUGUCGCUAGGGGGCCUUUUUCUCGGGGCCCACCUUGCGAUUGGCGUCUCUCCGUGGACACCGAGUCUUCCCCAACAUUGGCUACGCAAAUUCCUAGACCCGGUGGCGGUCGUUCUCGCAUGUCUCUCGUGGGUCGCUCUCAUAUGCCUCGUGGUAUUAUUGCCAAAUUAUCCGCUACAGAGUACCUUGUGGAGCUCAGAAUUAUGGCGAGGCUCGGUCCUUUUUUCCCUGGUUUUUGCUCCCGUCGGCUGUCUAGCACGAUUUUUCAUUUCCCUCAAGCUCAACGGCCGCAUCGCUUCAUUCCCCCUUGGAACUUUUACAGUAAAUGUGGGCGGGACCAUGAUACUGGGGAUGGCGUACUCCCUCCAACAUGCCUCGCUCCUGGGGUCCAGCCUUGGCGGAGGCAGUGUCAUCGGAUGCCAGGUCCUACAAGGGAUCAUGGACGGAUUCUGCGGGUGUCUCACAACCGUCAGCACCUGGGUUCUGGAACUGUCGGAUCUCCGCAGACGGCACGCAUAUCUUUACGGUGGUGUGACCGCGGUAGUUGCCCUUUGUGCGCUGGUUGUGGAGAUCGGGAGUUUAAAGUGGACUCGCGGGCUGGCGACUCCUGAGGUCCAGGCCCUUAAAGAGGCUGACUUUAAAACCGCAUUCAUUGUAGGUCGUCGUGCGCAGCUUCGCAUCUGGCAAGAUCACUUUCGGACCGGCUUUGAUGACCAGACGCCAAAUUUAGACAUGUCUGGAUAA